CCCAGCUCCGGCUCCAUGGCGGCCAUGGCGGCUCCCAGCUCUGCUUCUGCGUCCCUUCGUCGCCACGGCAACCGCUCGCUCCUCUCAUUGGCUGCAGCGCCGUCCAAUCGGCGCCUGCCCUGCCUGCUCGCAGGGCUCAGGCGCGAAAGGAGUGCGUCACAGAUUCGCGCGAAGGAAGGCGGAAGCGUCGCAGGCCCGGCGGCGGUGUCUGUUUGUUCCUUCACCAUGAGCCAGUUCAACUUCGGGACUCCGGGAGCCCCUGGCUCCUCCUCCUCCGCAGGGGGUGGCUUCACUUUUGGGACCCCCAAGACAGCGCCCAGCAGCGGGGCCCCCCCAGGGGGCUUCUCCUUCUCCUCCUCAGCUGCCUCUGGAGCAACAGGGGCAGGAGGGGGCUUCAGCUUCGGGACCCCGGCCGCCACAACGGGUGCCCAGCCGGCCGGCCUCUUCUCCUUUGCCCCCGCAGCCACUUCCUCCUCCACCCCGGCCCAGACCUCCGGCUUCAGCUUUGGGACUUCCGCUGCCCCUCCUCCUGCAGCAGCUCCUGCUGGAAGCAUCUUCGCCUUGGGGGGAAAUGCUCCCAAGCUGAACCUGGGCACAACGCAGGCACCUGGCAUCAUGGGAGGCUUCGGCCUCAGUAGCAGCAGCGGUGGUGGGCUAGCCAGCUCCAUCCCAAGCAGUGCUGCAGCUGCUCAGCCAGCUGCUCCCUCGGGCUUUGUGUUUGGCUCCUCCGCCAGCAGCCAGGCCGCCACCACAGGAGGAGGAGGAGGAGGAGGAGGAGGGUUCAGCUUCGGCAGUGCGGGCACCACUCAGGCGGCGGCGGCAGCAGCCCCCGGGUUCAGCCUUGGCUCGGCAGGGAAUGCGGUGCAGCCAGCAUCGGCUCCUGGGUUAACAUUUGGAUUAGCCUCAGCCAGCAGCGCUGCCCCCAUAGCAACUGCGUCCCAGCCUGCAACCGUCUUCAGCCUUGGGACCCAAUCCACAGGCUCCGGGUUUGGCUUGCUGACCUCCUCCGCUGCCCCUGCUUCCUCCACAGGAUCCAUAGCUCAGGCACCAACUCUGUCCUUUGGAGCUAAGCUUGGAGGUACCACUCCAGCCUCCACAGCUACUGCCACCACAACUUCGAAUCCCCUUAUUGGUGGCGCAUCUGUCCCCACUCUGUUUGCCUCCAUCGCAGCCUCCUCCCAGGCAGCAACUACUUCUGCUCCAAUUAGCCUCUUGCUUGGCACCACCUCCACUGGGACAACGGCCCCCACUCUUGAUUUGGGGUUUGGCUUAAAGGCUCCUGGAACAACAACGGCAGCGACUGCCCCCAGUAUAACUAGUACUGCCUCAGCACCUAGUACAGGAUUCAUGUUGAACCUGAAGUCAAUGGCCCCAACCACUACUGUGGCCUCCACAUCCACUGUGGCCACCACCACAGUUGCGGCUCCCCCAGUCAUGACCUAUGCUCAGCUGGAGAGCCUGAUUAACAAGUGGAGCCUGGAGCUGGAGGACCAGGAAAAGCACUUCCUGCAGCAGGCCACCCAAGUCAACGCCUGGGACCGGACUCUGAUCGAGAACGGGGAAAAGAUAACAUCUUUGCACAGAGAAGUGGAGAAAGUCAAGUUGGAUCAGAAGAGGCUAGAUCAAGAACUGGAUUUCAUUCUGUCCCAACAAAAAGAGCUGGAGGAUUUGUUGGUCCCUCUGGAGGAGUCUGUGAAGGAGCAAAGCGGGACCAUCUACCUGCAGCAUGCGGAUGAGGAGCGGGAGAAGACGUACAAGCUGGCGGAGAACAUUGAUGCCCAGCUGAAACGCAUGGCGCAGGACCUGAAGGACAUCAUUGAGCACCUGAACACCUCAGGGGGCCCAGCCGACACCAGUGACCCACUCCAGCAGAUCUGCAAAAUUCUCAAUGCGCACAUGGACUCUCUCCAGUGGAUCGAUCAGAAUUCAGCACUGCUGCAGAGGAAAGUGGAGGAGGUGAGCAAAGUGUGCGACGGCCGCCGCAAAGAGCAGGAGCGCAGCUUCCGGAUCACCUUUGACUGAGACCAGGGCCACGGGGCCCCCCUUGCCCCCUCCUUCGGGAUACUCAUACCUCCUUCCCCUCUUUUAUAUCACACAAUAAAGGUCUUUUCUAACCCAGAA